AUGAGCUUGCAUCUAGGGCAAAAUCUCGACCCAAAGGCUAUUUGUGCCGCCGUCUCCCAUCUCCAGCUAGGUGGGAACGAAGCUUUUGUGGCUGGAGAGUUUCACGGAGGAGAGUGUCGCAUCUUCAAAGUUAGCUUCAAGGAUCAUCCAAGCCUGUCAGUACGUGUAGGUCAUUCAAAUCAAGAGAACCAGCAAGGCGUUAUUGCAAAUGUUGAAAUGGAAACACACAUUUUUCGGACACUUGAAGCAAAAGGCUUUUCUUGGUCGCCUCGAUACCGUGGCGCCAGCCUAACCUUUGACAACCCAAUAAGGUACCCAUUCAUGGUGCUUGAUUGGGCUGAAGGAUGCCCUCUGAAAUGGGAUGACAACUUUCCAGCAAAGCCUGUUCGCGACGCCAUAUUAAGCCAGAUAGCUGAGAUUCAACUGUCCCUGAUAACAUGUACCUUGGAACAUGGAUCUGUCACUGCUACGAAUUUCUUUGAGCGACGCAUCAGAAAUCAGCUCAAGCGUGCAAAGGAUGGGAAACUCCCCGGUCUCACAGAAAAAGAUUGUCUCGAUCAGCUUGCGCUUCUGCCCAAGGUCCUUGGUGAGGAUGGAAGUAGUAAGCUGUUCGCCAUGGACCAUGGCGAUAUCAAGCCAGUCAAUAUUAUAAUGGACAAUGAGAAUCAUAUCAAGUGUCUAAUUGACUGGGGGUUUGCCAAAAUGGUUCCCCUUGUCCAGGCAGCCCGGCUGCCUUGUUUCUUGUGGACGGACGACUCGGCUGCUGGCGUCCCGAGCCGAGCUAUGCUAGAGGAUAGGAAGGCUUACAUCGACUCACUUCCUCGGCAAAUUUCGCAAGCAGCAUUCAUGAAGCGCUGGCAAGGUGCCAAAGACGUAGACUUUCGUACACUAUACCUGGAGUCUAUAUGCAGCAAGGGUAUGCUUGCAUCAAUGGCAAGCAUAGGUUGGAAGUUGCCGUAUUACGAUUUGAUUGAAGGUCAACUAGACCUCAAAGAAAACCAAGGACCUUGA